GAGUAGUUGUCGUCCUCCUAAGAAGUAGUGCUCGUCCAGUGCUUGAGAAGCUGUUCAUUGUGCUGGUCCUGUUUUCCCCAUCGCUUUCUCUCUCUCUCUCUCUCUCUCACUUUCUCUCACUCUUCGUCCUUAACUCGAUACCUUACUCAAGUGUGUACACAAGAAGCUAAGAAAAUCUCAAAUUCCCCAUUUCGUCAAAGUGGACGUGGCCGUUUUUCUGGUUGCUGCUGGGAAGACAUCGUGUACCUCGGUUAGUAGCUGUGAAAAAGUGAAGAUGAGUCUGCUACGAUUUCCAUCCGGAGUGACGGACUGCGUCGCGAUGAUCGUACUGGUCGUGCUGUCCGUGUCAAUGAUGGCGACCUGUUUAGAGAGAGAUUUCACGCCAGAGUCCAAGUACUAUACCAGACGACUCGUCCCGAUAGAAAAUCCUCGCAACUAUUUUCAGUUCUUCCACGACAUGGAGCCAUGGAAGCGAACCCCCUCCGCAGGCUGGUUCGGCAUGCGAGGCAAGAAAGUAGUGGGCUCCAACUUUUUCGGCAUGCGAGGCAAGAAAGGUCCCUCUGGGUUUUUGGGAAUGAGAGGGAAAAAGAUGGACCCGUUUCCACAACAGGCAGCCAUAGCGGACGACACCACUAGCAAUGAACUAUACCCCCCAGUGGACUCCUUCGAAGAUGUAUGGACCUUCUCCAAGCCCAGGUUGGAACAGUUGGAGGACCUCGAGGCGACCGACUCCUCCAGGCAUCACAACCCAGAUCCUCAAGAACGGUUGCUCGAAAGUGGCUCCAUGGUGAAAACAAACCAUGGGAAAAUUAACAUAUAACUCUAUUACUCCAACUUUUCCGCUCAACGUGACAAAAAUCUCUCCGCAUGGUUAUGUUCGUUCCUCCUCCUCUGCAGAUUAUAAUCAUGGGCGUCAAGUCUCAUAUAAUGCAAGCAUGCAUACAUACAUAUUUAAAUGUAGUGCACCCACACGCUUUGUCCCCCUUUUCGACACGUUACUCUACCGCUGCAGCUGCUGGGCCCUGUGUCCAGAGAGGGAUAACUUUCACCCACGCUUGAUUUGAGUUGCAACAAUGUCUGCACCGACCACCACCACCAACGAAUAGCGUCACUACCCACGCUCUCCAAAGUAAAAUCCAACAAGUAUUACUACAUUAUUCGCUGUUCCCCUUCACACUAGUUUAUCAACUCUGUAGUUUGUUUGCUUACUUACUUUCACCACUAAAUGUACAAUGUAAAUGUUAGUUAGUUGGAUGCCGAAAAACUUUUCCACGUUUUGCCAAAUGUCGUCUCCUCCUCGACUUACUCGUAGUUAGUGACCUUUCGCCGCAAAAACUCUUAACUCUGAACAUAUCUCACUUUAAAUGUUAUCUGGCUUUAGAGUUCAUACAUAAUCUUAUCUCUCCCCAUAUUCUACCACUACUACUGAAUACUAGUACUAGUACUAACUAAGGCCAAAAGACUGUUGCAUUAGGCGAGUUAUCAUCAUCAUCCCCCAAAGGAGAUCUCCUGCUUGAUGUUUGCAAAAGCCAGCUUUAUGUAAAGUAAUUGAAUAAUAUUCGCUGAAUAGGUAACCUCCCUGCAUAGCGCAUCGUAUAAUUAUUUACUUAUGUAGCAAAGUAGAAUCAUGUUGAACUAUAUCAUACAUGGAUAAAAAUGUUACAUAAAUUUUCCUCUUAUAAAUAUGUACUUACAUGAUGCGUGUGAUGUCUAUUCAACAACAAUACAUACGAAUACAUACAUAGUAAUAAAUAUUAUUAAAUGGAUAUGAGUAGUAUUACGUUAAAAUGUAUAUACCUGUUAGAUAAAUGUUUUACAUGUCUGCUAAUCUUAUCACAAAAAAAUAAGGAGAAAAAUAUACCGUGUAGGAGACGUGAUCCUGGAUUCCAUAAGUAAACUUUUAAGUGUGGCAGAAACUUAUCAAGAAGAAAAAGAAUAUCAAAAGUUUAAAGAUAUACUAAAUGAGCAUAUUAUGUAGUAAUUAUCGCGAGUGAGGAAGAUUGUCGAUGUGGUGGCUGAUCAAAAUCUGUGUUAUCCGUGCUAAGAGAUUUGGUGGCUAAGCAGGAUCUUUGAGUUGGCGAGGAAAAGUUUGGUUCUAUUUAAGCCAAUCUAAUUUGUAGACGGUUGUGGGUUGGUAAAUUAUUAUUUUUAGAAAAGUAUGUACCAAUAAAAAUGUGAUGAAUGAUUGAGAAAGUGUAACCAAGUAAUGUAUUUAUGUUGAGAAAAUGAAGUGUCUCAAGUGGUUCAUAUGUGAUCUUUCUGAAAUUAGAGUUCUCCCAAUUUUCUAGCAUAACCUAUAGUGGAAGUAGUUAGUUAACAAUUCAAAUCAAUUUUCACACUUGGUUUAAGCUUUAUUUUAAGCCAUACAUGUCAUUUUUAAAGAUAAAUAAAUAAAGUUAAGGGUAGAAAAGUAUGAAAUAGAGAGCGAAAAAGAGGUGCGUACAUAUAAAAUGAAUCUAAAAAUUGUCCGAGUUUUGGUGCAUGUCCGUCUUACGGGUCAAUUCAAUACUUUGGUUUAAUAAAUUAGUAGAAUGUUGCAGAGUCUGUACUAGUAUUUAAUCUCAUGAUUCAAAACCCUGUAUAUUGGAAAUGUUACCUCAAAUAAACUAAUCCUUCUUAUUUUAACUGUCAGCAAACAC